UCGUAAACAACAAAUCUGUCUCUACCAGGUGCUUUAAUUUCCUGUCAACCAAUCAACGUCGUUUCUUCUCACGGAAACGACAUUUGUUUCAAAAUGGCGGAAGAUUUUGUUGAAAAUGAAUAUACCGAAGCAGAAAUUACUAAGAUACAGGCAUUGUUCAGAGGCAUUUUGGUUAGAAAAUGGAUGAAUGAGACGAGAAAGGAGUAUGAUGACAUAUUUAAAGAAGUGGAAACCAACAGCCAAACUGGGCCAAUUUGGAUAUGUGAAGGACUGUGUAAACCAAUUUUCCAGAAAAAAGCCAACAAGAGAAAGACACAGAGAGAGAUUGACAGUUCAGUUAGAGACACAUCAAAACAAACAAUGUCUACUCAGGCAGAGCUUAAAAAUGGUGCUACCAGAAAAUGUAAAGACACUAAAGAACUGUGUGAAGUAGGAGUUCAAUCAGCUAGUCAGGCUUUUGACCACGAUUUCCUCACAGUUGAAACUCAAACAAGUUUCUGUGAAUCCAGUACACCAACUCAAGAUAUCCACAAGAUUGAACAGUGUGUAACAACAGAGACUGAGACAGGGGAACAUGGAGUGCUAAAUAUUCAGGACAUACCAGAAAAAAAUAAGGAAUCAAAGCAAACAGACAUAUCAAAAACUCUAAUAGAGGUGGUCAAAGAAUCAAAUCAUUGUACAGAGCUGGCAGCAGAAAAGUUCAUCCCUGACAAUAUAACAAAGGAGUCUGCAAUAUCAUGGCAGAAUGAGUCAUCAAAGCAAAUUACAACAAAUCCUCCCAAAGGAAUCCCAUCUCCCAGAGGAAAUCAUGGUAUCCCAGUUUUCAUGGGGACCUCUGGGCAAACUAAUGAAACCUCAGUCUGGGACAGUUUUCAUAGCAUUUCAGGUACAACAAAAGCACCUGCUACUGAGUCUAAAGAGGUUCAACAGGAAAGGGAACCCCACCAGUACCCUCAAGAUAAGGAAUCACUGCAAGAAAUGAGAAAAAACAUUGCUUUAGAGCUACUUUGGGUUCAGCAGGCCAUUAACAGUAGAAAAAAUUAUUUAAAAUUGAAGGGACAGAUAGCAGUUUGAUGUUAGAGCAAAAGGACAUUUUGAAACAGCAGUGAGAUUCCUAAGACCUAGAUUGUUUCAAUAUAGCUAUGAAAACAGGAAGGGUUUUUACUGUAGUGUAUUCAUGUAAUGUGUAACAGGUUAUCAAUAUCUUUGAGGCAAAAGAAAACAAAUUUGAAAUGAUUCUCAAAGUUUCCAAUAUUUGUGCAUCAAUCUUCAUAAAAAAAAUUGUAGAUUACAUGUUUAUUCACCAUAAUAAAUUUUUACAAGACA